AUGGUCGAACCAAGUCCCGGCAAGGGCCUCGGUGUUUUCGCAGCGCACACAUUGGAGACCGGUUCAAUCAUCAUGCGCGAGGCCCCCGUCAUAACCAUAAAACCUCCCAAACACGCCCCAGGCACAGGCUAUCCACUACCCGUCAUCUCCCAGCUCGUACACGCAGAAUACAACCGCCUAUCAGAAGCGCAAAAACACAGCGUCCUCGACCUGACCUACUCAGUCCUCCCAAUCGACCUCCAAAGAUACGGAUCCAACCUCGACAUCCUCGGACUCAUCUUCCGCAACAACGCAUACGACACAGGUUCCGAGAUCGGACUGUUCCCCAAGAUCGCGAGGAUCAAUCAUUCAUGCCGGCCGAAUGCAGCUUAUUACUGGAACGAUAGGCUGAAGCGGCGUUUCGUGUACGCGACGCGCGAGAUCGAGGCGGGAGAGGAGAUCUUCGUGUCAUUUAUCUCGCUGCUCUUGCCCCGCGAGGAACGGCAGAAGAAGCUUGCACGGUACGGGUUCACCUGCACGUGUCCAGCGUGCUCGCAGCAUCCAGUUGAUCUGCAUCGCUCGGACAGAUCGCGCGUGGACAUCGAGCAAGCUCUGCGUGCGUUCUCUGCACAGAUGAACUUGACAGCACCCACGCACCCCUCCGCUAUCAGGAAAGCGCGGAAGAACGCGGCGUCGAGUCUGGAGCUAGCUAGUCUGGUGGAGAAAGAGGGACUCGCAGAUUACUAUGCGCAGACGUAUCGGAUUACGGCGAUCAGCCAUGCGCGGAUUGGUGACUGGGAGAAGGCGACUGUGUGGGCGAAUGAGGGGUAUAAGAGGAGGGUUAUGGAAGAUGCGGAGAGCGCGUGGACCAUGGAGAUGUAUGAGUUGACGAGGCGCUUUGUGGAGAAUUGGGAGGCUGAGUUGAGGGCCGGGAUGGCAACUUGA